UUCGGUCCCGCGCGCUGCCUCGGCCAAGAUGGCGGCGGGGACGGCAUCGGCGGCCGUGGCCCGGUUAGAGGGCCGCGAGUUCGAAUACCUCAUGAAAAAGCGCUCAGUAACCAUCGGCCGCAACUCCUCGCAGGGCUCGGUGGACGUAAGCAUGGGCCACUCCAGUUUCAUCUCCCGGCGGCACCUGGAGAUUUUCACUGUCCCGCCCGCUCAGGCCCAGGCCCCUGCCAACAGCGGUAGCGGCCCCGCCUCGACCCUCACCGGCGACGGGACCGGGACUCAGUCGACGCCUGUUGCCGCCAGUCCUUCGUCUGGCAGUGGUGAUUUCUACCUGCGUUGCCUGGGCAAGAACGGCGUCUUCGUGGACGGAGUGUUCCAGCGCCGGGGGGCGCCACCGUUGCAGCUGCCCCGCGUGUGUACAUUCAGGUUUCCCAGCACAAACAUCAAGAUAACAUUUACAGCUUUAUCCAAUGAAAAGAGAGAAAAACAGGAGUCCCCACAGUCCCCAGUGAAACCUGUACAACCCCAGAUUUCUCCCCUAACAAUAAACAUUCCAGACAACAUGGCUCACUUGAUCAGCCCUCUUCCCUCUCCCACAGGAACCAUCAGUGCUGCAAAUUCCUGCCCAUCUAGUCCUCGUGGUGCAGGUUCUUCAGGGUACAAAAUGAGUCGUGUAAUACCAUCUGACUUACAUCUUAUGGCUGACAAUUCACAGUCAGAAAAUGAUAAAGAAGCAUCUGGUGGAGAUAGCCCAAAGGAUGAUUCAAAGCCACCUUAUUCCUAUGCACAACUAAUUGUACAAGCAAUUACAAUGGCUCCUGAUAAGCAACUUACACUAAAUGGAAUUUAUACGCACAUAACUAAAAAUUAUCCUUACUACAGGACAGCAGACAAGGGCUGGCAGAAUUCAAUACGUCACAAUCUCUCUCUGAAUCGUUAUUUCAUCAAAGUACCACGUUCCCAGGAAGAACCAGGCAAGGGUUCCUUCUGGAGGAUAGAUCCUGCCUCUGAAAGCAAAUUAAUAGAACAGGCUUUUAGAAAAAGGCGGCCAAGGGGAGUACCUUGCUUUAGAACCCCACUGGGACCUCUUUCUUCUAGAAGUGCCCCAGCUUCUCCUAAUCAUUCUGGAGUAUUAUCUGCUCAUUCGAGUGGUGUGCAAACCCCAGAAAGCCUGUCAAGGGAAGGGUCACCUGUCCCAAUGGAGCCUGAGCCAAGCAGUAUCCAGCCAAAAUUAGCAGUAAUACAAGAAGCACGAUUUGCACAGAGUGCUCCAGGAUCUCCCCUAUCUAGCCAACCUGUUUUAAUUACUGUACAGAGGCAGCUGCCACAAACUAUGAAACCUGUCACAUACACUGUUGCAACUCCUGUGACAACAUCAACGUCCCAGCAGCCUGUAGUACAGACGGUUCAUGUUGUUCAUCAAAUCCCAGCUGUAUCUGUCACAAAUGUGACUGGAUUAGCACCAGCAAAUACUUAUACUGUAGCUGGGCAAGCAGUGGUUACACAAGCUACAGUGAUGGCCCAGCCUAAAGGAGAACCUCAAGAGAAUGGAGAUCACAAUGAAAUGAAAGUUAAAGUGGAACCUGUACCUGCAGUUAGCCAUACAACUCUAGGAGCUGCCAGUCGCAUCAUUCAGACAUCUCAGACUACACCGUUACAAACGGUUACUCUAGUACAACAAGCACCUCUAGGUCAACACCAGCUACCAAUAAAAACUGUAACGCAAAACGGAACACACAUAGUACCUAUCACCACAGCAAUGCAGAGUCAGGCUAACGCUGCUGCUGCAAGUCCAUUACACAUGUUAGCAACUCAUGCAUCUGCAUCCGCCUCUCUUCCAACGAAACGUCAGAAUGGAGAUCAGUCUGAACAGCAAGACUUAAAACGGAUCAAAACGGAGGAUGGGGAGAACAUAGUCAUAGCUGUGAAUGUUGAAACCCCACCUGUGGCAGUGAAUGAACAAAGCAACAAGAACUAGGAAUGUGGAGGAAUACGUCUUUUAAAAACAAUGGUCCUUGGUGCCAAAAUGAGACCUUUAAACAUCUAAACUCUUGAACAUGUUCUCUCAUGGCGGGGAAAGGGGCCCUGUGACUUCAUCUUUCAGCACUGAGAAACACAGGUGGCCUUAGAACUCCUUAAUUUAAAAAAAAAAAGUCUAAAAGAUCCUAGUCCGGAGGCUGUGACCCCUCCCCCUUCCAUUUCUCCUUGCUGUUCCGAAGAGACUCUUUAUACAUACAUAUACAUUGAGAGGAAAAAGUUGGGGAAGAUAGCAACUUUAAAAACCUAUUUUAAAGAUUGAAUAUUGGAAUAUAUCCCAGCAUGAUAAGUUCUUCGCGUGAUUGGAUUUCAAAUGAUUGUAUAUUCCUCAAAGGGAACAGAGGCAAGGAGCCAUUUCCAACAUCUUGGCAGCUAGCCUUUCAUAAUGACCUACCCAAUGCAGUUGUUGGUAGAUAUGCAGUAUUUUGUUGUUCACAUGUGGAAUUAGAAAAUUUUGAUGUGUACUUUCAUUUUUUUUUUCAAAAUAAUGGGGUCUUUGACAUUUCAGAUCACUCCAUUUCUACUCCAGAAACUUUGGAAUCACAUACUACUUUUCAUGUGAAAUUUUGUUUGGUAAAACCGAAUGUAGGGUUUUUUAACCAAUGGAAUGAUUUAAUUUUGUCCUGUUAAAAGUUCAGAUAAAGCUAAUUUGUUACAUCUGCAAAUUUUCAUAUUUUAGCAGUUGCCUGAUAAACUUAAUCAAAUUUUAUUACCUUGUGUAGUGAUCAAAUGCUUCUUUGGGCUUGCAUGUUACUGAUUAGAAAUACAGUGUAAAUGAACUGUUAACUGACGUAAAGAACUGCUAUGAAUUUGACCAGAGCUGCACUUAUCUGUUUCUCUUUCUUGCUAUCUUUUGCUGUUUGUUACUUUGUGUUGACUUUGUCCCUGGCAAAUUUUUCCAGUCUAAAGUAAAAAGAGUCUCGCAUAAUAUUGUGUAUGUUUAAAAUGACAGACUGUUCAUUUAGAAAAAAAAAAUCUUUAUCACAUGUCCUUUUAAAAAGAUAAAAAUAUCUUGUUAGAGAUAUAUUGAAUAUUUUUAAGCUAAGCAUCCACCAAUAGAAAUAUAACUUAAUGAGUUUAACUUUUGAUGUCCUACAGAGACCUUGUGAGGUCUUCAUUAAAAAGUGGCCACUGUAGUUUUCUAACAGUGGCUACUAUAGUAUAAUGAAAUAGUUUUCUUUUAUAUGUGUUUGACAGUUGGAAUAUUUUAAAGGUUUCUUCUCUUGAGUUGUGAAAGAAGAAUUCAUGUUUUGUUACUGAACUAAACUAACAGCUGAGACUGUUCUUUUGUCCAAUUCACAUAGUUUCUUGUCCCUUUCACAUAUUUAAGGUGAGUUAAAGGUGAAGACUGGGCUUUAACCUUUGAUUUGUCUUUUGUUUUUUUUCUUUUUGGGCUAUAAUUUAUAUGUUUUUAUCAUUUCAAGAAGAAUCUGUAUUUUGAUGAUGGACUGAAAUGGCUUGGAAUGGCUUACAAUUUUAGUCAGUUUUUGGAAAUGUUUUAUCAGAAGACCAAAUAUGACAAAUCUGUACCAAGUAUCAUGUUAUCCCACACGGUAGAGCUGCUGUUACACUGUCAAUGAAGAUAAUACAUAUUAAACAGAUUAUGAAAAAUUGAUGUACACUAGCUGGAUUUAUAACAGCCACUAUAGGCUGGGUGAAGCAAAACAUUUUCUGUAUCUGCAGCAUUCUACUUUUUGUGCUGUGGUCAUCUAAUUAAGAAGUAAUAUUGCAUUAUUAAUAAAACAUUGGUUAUAAAAUUACUAUUUCAUGAAUAAUUAGGAAAAAUACUGCAAGUUUUUGAAUAAAAAAAUCUGGUAAAAUGUUUAAGACAAUCAUAUGAUUUAGAUUUGGAAGUUCUCUCAUGUCACUGUAGUCUUUGUAGUUUAUGAACUAGGUAGAGAAGUUUACCAAAAGAAUUUAAUUUGAAGACUCUGUUAAAUCUAUUGCUCUUACCUGUUGCUAACCUUUCUUUUUCUGCUUUCAUGGCUGUUUUAAACCUGAGCAAGAUGUUCCAGAAAUUGUUGCUUUUGCCUGUUAUUUCACUCUUAGAAAUAUUUGAAUGCUGAAGAGUAAGUUAUAGGGCAGAUUUACUUUCUCCUCUGAUGCCAUAGCUCUUCUGCUAUGACAACAAAUACUUUCUUCCUCCUCCCUCCCCCCAAGCUGUCCAAAUCUGUUCCAGAAGUUUAGGAAAACCCAUGUUUCAGAUUUUGAGGACAUAUUGGGAGACGUGAAAAUAACCUUCAUUCAGGGCAGGAGUCAAGCUGUGUACAUGAACACAGUGCUAUGAUCUCCAAAUUACUUUUGUGAUGGAUGUUUGAGAUACUUGUCUUAGCUUUAUUUAAAAAUAAUUCCAUCUGCCUAGCAGAUGGGGGGGGAAAAAACAGCCAUACUUAAAGUUGGGAACUUUUUCUGCAAAUAUUGCUCUUUUUUCUUACCAAAAUUUUAACACUCGGGUUUCUAUAACCUAAGAGUUUGUAUGAAAAUAAACACUGGAUAAAUCUUAGUUUAAUGUUAUAACUGUUUCAUUCAUGUUGCAUUGUAGGAUAAGUACACAUACAAAGCGGGAACUAAGAUGUGCAAUUAUAGAAUUAUAGGCUAGUAAUAUUGCUUAUCAUCCACUAAUAAUGAGGGGAGUUAUUGCUGGGUUUUUUCCAGAAAGCACAAGAUUUAAAAUUAAUUAGUGGUACAAUGAAAAAGUAUACGUAAUUCUUAAAAUAAUAAAGAAUAGAAUAUCAGAAAAUCAGAAUAUAGUAUCAGUAAAUAUUUACACAGUGGGUCUCUCUAAUGAUUUGGACAUACCUUUUGGGUAAUGGAACAAUUUUUAAUUGCUCGUUUGUGAGUUGAGGAGUCAGUUUGGAACUGCUGCUGCCGAAUAGUUUUGUAAGAUGAGUUUGAGGGUUUUGUUGGGGUAAUGGCCUUAUUCGAGAAUGGGAAAAGGUUAAUUGGAGUAAACAUUUUAAGAAUCAUUGAAUUAACAGCCGAUUGUACUGAAUUACUGAACUUGCAGCUUUGUUUUGGUUUCCAGAUAACCUAAACAACUUUAGAUUAUUGUUAAUUAAGUUCAUUUUAAAUGACAGAUACAAUUUUAGUUGUCCUUCAAAUACUAGGGCAUGUGGGAGUAAGGCUACUGUUUCAUAGAUGAAGAAAUCUGAUCUUUUAUUGGUAAUACAUCAUAGCAGUAGUUCAUUGGAGUAAAUUCAGUGUCAGGAAACAGCAGAUAUAGUGUCAGCUAUUAGAUUUCUACAUGAUGAUUUCAUAAAAGGCUAAGCAAUGUCAGCGCUUUGUAGUUGGAUGAGAAAUCAUUUUUUUUUAAAAGUCCCAAAAUUAUAGAUUCCACCGAGGCAUCCAAAAAGAAAAAAAAAAUCCCAUGGAAAUUGAUGGCAAAAUUUUGUCAACAAAACUACAUUAACCUGGCUCUGCAGUCACUAAGAAUUGAGUUUAACAGCUGUAAUUCAUAAAUACAGUUAAAUAUCCUCUGAUAUGUAUGAAAAAAUAAUGUAGGUCAAUUGAAUUUCUUAGUGCAUAUACCUAAUAGCACAUGAAAUUUAGAAUAUUUCAAAUUGCAGCGUGCUGAAUUUUAUUACAAGAGCGAGUUUGGCAUCAGGUAAGAAACUCUUGAGAAUAUGAAUCUUGAUCCCACUUUUGACAUGAAGCAAGCUGGGUGACUUUGGACCAGGCAAACCCUCUCAGCCCUAGGAAAAAGGCAGCAAUGGCAAUCACUUCUGAAAAUAUUGCCAAGAAAACUGCAAGGAAUUGUAUAGGCAGUCACCAGAAGUCAAGACUGAUUCAAAGACACAAAAGAAAAAAAUAGAAUCUUACUAGAAUUGCUGAAUUUACUUUUUACCCUAUGUACUUUUAAGCAUUUUUCCCUUUAAGCAGCCAAGGAACUAGCAGUUGGGUUUGUACAGUAUGUUAAGCUAAAGUCAAAUAAAAUUCCAUUAUUAUGAAUUACUACAAUGCAUGAAUCCAAUCUAACAAUGCACUAAUGUCCUUAGCAAUAGGGGAUAUAAUCACGUCACAAUUAUGUUUUUGAUUCUGAUAAUCACAUGUCUUGGUGUUUAUUUGAUGAUAGCAAACAUAUUUUGUCAUUUGUGUCCCUUUGCUCCCUUAUAGGUCCUAAUAUAACACGAAUUGGAUACUGCCCAUAAAUAUACAUGCUACUUACUGCAAAUCAUUGUUACACCGCAAAGCCAACUACAUAUAACCCAAUAAGUUGCAUCUCACUCCUAGGAUGAUUCUAUUGAGGGAAAUGUGCAAGAGAUUUAGGUCUUUAUCUGUUAUUGAUUAAACAGAUUUGUUUACAAAUCUCUUGUUUCAGGCAGGUUGAAUUGUCUGAAUAAAUCACAAUUGGAUGGGUUCAGAUAUGCUAAAACACAAAACAAACUAUACAAUGGCUUAAGCCUUAAUGCAAUGAUAUAAACCCAAUGGCUAGCAUAUUCAGAUGAUAUUAAGUCAUUUUACCUGGUGAACCACUAAUUUGUCUCCUUUAUCCAAAUUACCAUUUAAGCUCAACUCAGUAUAAUCAACAUUGAUUACACAUGGCAAUUACUCUUAAGUUCAGCCAAUAUAAUUUGUUCUAGAAAAAUCUAGUUUACAGUUGCAAGAAAAAGUAUGUGAACCCCUUGGGAUUACGUGGAGUUUUGCAUGAAUUGGUCAGGUGUGUGUUUUUAAAGGGCAGGACAGCUGUCAGCAACACAUCCAAUAUCACACUGAUUGGAGUCAAGGUUGGCUCACUCCUGGCUCCAAUUAGCUCUUGGAGAAGUCAUUAGGCUAAGGGCUCACAUACUUUUUCCUCCCUGCACUGUGAAUGUUUACAUGUUAUGUUCAAUUAAACCAUGGCAACAUCUAAUGUUUGUGUAGUAUUAUUUUCAGCAGACUGUGUUUUUCUAUUGUUGUUAACAGAUGGAGUUCAGAGCACAUUUUAUGACCAAAUCAUGCAAAACUCCACGUAAUCCCAAGGGGUUCACAUACUUUUUCUUAGAGCUGGGACAUGUUACUGUGUGAAUUAUUAUGAAGCAGGCUUAAUGGCUUGACUGAACGUUGUUGAUCUUAAAGUAGCCCGAAGUUGGUCUGGCUCUUAGGUCACAUAAACAUAAGCAUUCAUGAAUAGCUUCUAUGCUUUAUAUAUUUGGCAAAAGUUUUAUUUAAAUUGGAUGUGUAAAUUUUAGCAAAAAUGUAGAAAUAAGUAGCAAAUGUAAUUUGAAAAUUUAAAUCAUGUAUUCUUAGUGUGACAUCAAAACCUGGCAAACAGAUUACACUAUAGUUACAUUGAAUUAUUUUAAUAUUUGAUAUGACUAAAUGAAUGUUUUCAUGGUUUAAAUUUAGAUAAUUGAAUAAUGGCUGUCAUCUGAAUAGCAGUAUUUAAUGUUUAAAAGUCCUCUCCCAUCAAUAUGAAUUCUGGAAUGCAAACAAUUCCAAAUACAGUGAAAAGUAAUAACUGUAGUGGUUUAGUCUUGGGCCUCUAAACAGAGAAGCAAGAGUGGUUGCAGGAAGAAACCAUUUGCAGGUUUUUUUUUGUAUUCCAGUCCCUAGAAGGCAGGGGGGAAACUAAGGAGACCAAGAUUGGGAGAGGCUCAUUCUCAGCUCCUGUAGAAUAGCUCUGAUCCUGCAUAGCCCCCCCUUUUUUUAAAAGAGCUGUAGCCAGUGGUGUCUUAGCAUGUCAUGAAUACCCUAUUUACAAAUAGGGUUUAUUUCCAAACCAGUACUGAUUGCAGUGUGAAUGGAAAUUAGUAACUUGAAGUUGAACUUCAGGAAGCUUUCAGUGCAGCGCAUUAAUACUCGUUUACCUCAACAGUUUUUCCCUUUGAAAUAGGAAAAUCCAAGUUCAUCAACACAUUACUUUGAUUGUAAACAGCAUUUUUACUACAUCCCUUCAAAGUAUGAGCAGACUAUUAUGGUACUUUCAAGAUGAAUUUGCAAAUUCAUAAAAUAAAAUCCCCAUGUGUAAAAA